UAUCGUCUUCUGAUAUUAUGUUGUAUUUUGUGUCGCGGUCAAACUCGAUCUUUAAACGUUAAGCUUCAGAAGUUAUCCGCCAUUUUGUGGAGUUGUGACGCAUGUAGAAAUGAACAAAUUCAUCUUCAGGAUUAUAAUGAUAUCGAGCUCUGUUGAUUCUGCUUUUAGUUCAGAUUAAUUUACGGAUUCAUUACAGUCUAAAUUAUACAGAGAUGUAAACAGUUAAAUAUGAAAUAGAUCGCAGUCGUUAUGUUUAGUGAUAUAUUCUCUGAUGGUGUUCGAGCCUCGAGUUUUAUCUCGGUUCUCGAUAGUUGUUGAACUUAUGCUUGAACACAUCGAUUUUGUGUUUUGAAAUUCAAGAGUAUUGUAAACUUUUACAGCCUCGUCGCCCACAAAGUGCAAGAAAUGUGUGGCACACUGCACUUUUCUGACUUUUUAUCUGUGGUUUUCCAUCAGGAGCGGGUUUAAUAUCUGAAUACACAUCUUCCAGUCUGCUGUGAGAUUCACUUGGAGGUGAAGGUUGAUGGUGUGAAGUCAGUUUGUCAUCAUGGAGAACAGAGAGAGAUCUUCAUCUCCUGAUCACAGCUGUGUGUCUCUGAAGAGUGACGCAUCCAUGGGUCGUCCUCCUAAUUUCAGUAAUGAUCCAGUGACCUCUGACCCCAGGAUCUUCAGGAAGAGGAAGAAAUCUUCAUCACCAGAUCACAGCCGUGUGUCUCUGAAGAGUGACGCAUCCAUGAAGCGUGAUCCUCUUGACCUCAGUGAUGAAGCAGUGACCUCUGACCCCAGCAGAGCAGAUGGAGAGCGAAGCAUCUCUGGAGGAGCCUCUGUCUUCUGUCUGAACAACACGAGCAUUACAGCGUCUCUGAAUAAACACGAUCAACCAGUGAAUGAUGAACUACAGAGAGUCAAAGACCAGCUCAAAACCAGCAUGAAGAACAAGUAUGAGAGAUUGUUUGAGGGACUGAACCUCCAGGAGAAUGAAAGCCUCCUGAACAGGAUCUACACACAGCUCUACAUCAUAGAGGGAGAGAGUGAAGGAGUGAAUGAAGAACAUGAGUUUUUACAGAUGGAGAAAACAGCCAGAACACAACACUCACAAGACACUCCAAUCUACUGCAAUGACAUCUUUAAAGCCUCAGCUGAACCAGGAUGUGAGGAGAAAGACCAGAUCAAGACUGUUCUUACUAAAGGCAUCGCUGGAAUCGGAAAAACCGUCUCUGUGCAGAAGUUCAUUCUGGACUGGGCCGAGGGAAAAGCCAAUCAGGACGUAGAUUUCAUGUUUGUGCUUCCAUUUCGAGAGCUGAACUUGAUCCGAGAUCAUCAGUACAGUCUUCACAGACUUCUGCUGGACUUUCAUCCUGAACUUCAAGAUCUGGACUCAAAGAUUUAUGAGGAGUGUAAAGUUGUGUUCAUCUUUGAUGGUCUGGAUGAAAGCAGAAUCACACCGAUGUUUUUAGACGCUCAGAAAGUUUGUGAUGUGACUGAGACUUCAUCAGUGGCUGUGUUGAUGUCAAAGCUCAUGAAAGGAGAGCUGCUUCCCUCUGCUCUCAUCUGGAUCACCUCCAGACCAGCAGCAGCCAAUCAGAUCCCCUCCAAAUACAUCAACCGUCUGACAGAAAUUCAGGGAUUCACUGAGCCUCAGAAGGAGGAAUAUUUCAGGAAGAGAAUCAGUGACCAGCAUCAAGCCAGCAGAAUCAUCUCACACAUCAGAAGAGCAAGAAGCCUCCACAUCAUGUGCCACAUCCCUGUCUUCUGCUGGAUCUCAUCCACUGUGCUUCAGAAGCUCCUGGAAGAAGAUCUGAGUGCAGAAAUCCCUCAAACUCUGACUGAAAUGUACAUCCACUUCCUGCUGAUUCAGAUCAACAUGAGGAACCAGAAGUAUGAAGAGAGAGAUCCAGAGAAACUCCUGCAGUCCAACAGAGAAGUGAUUGUGAAACUUGCUGAAGUGGCUUUCAAACAGCUGAUGAAGGGCAAUGUGAUGUUCUAUGAGGAGGACCUGAUUGAUAGCGGCAUAGACGUCACUGACGCCUCAGUGUAUUCUGGGAUUUGCACUGAGAUCUUUAAGGAGGAAUCUGUGAUUCAUCAGAGGAAAGUCUACAGCUUCAUUCAUCUGAGCGUUCAGGAGUUUCUCGCUGCUUUCUAUCUGCUUUACUGCUAUUUAAUGAAGAACAAGAAGCCACUGCAUGAAUUCAGAUCUUACAGAUUUGAUAAAGACUCUCUGUAUAAUCUACUAACAUCAGCAGUAGAUAAAGCUCUUGAGAGUAAGAAUGGACGUCUGGAUCUGUUCCUGCGGUUCCUGCUGGGCGUCUCACUGGAGUCCAAUCAGAGACUCUUACAGGAUCUACUGACACACACAGAGAACAUCUCAGAGACCAUCAGCAGAACCACACUGUACAUUAAAAUGAAGAUCAAAAAUAAUGAUGUUGAUGCUUAUUUUAUACAUCCUCCUCUCUCAGCUGGUCAAUCCAUCAAUCUGUUCCUCUGUCUGCUGGAAGUGAAAGAUCAGACUCUGUCCAGAGAGAUUCAGGAGUUUGUGAAAUCAGACAAACACUCAGAGAAACUCUCUGCUGCUCGCUGCUCAACAAUAUCCUACAUGCUUCAGAUGUCAGAGGAGCCGCUGGAUGAGUUUGAGCUCAUGAAAUACAACACAUCAGAUGAGGGCAGAAGAAGACUGAUACCAGCUGUGAUCAACUGCAGAAAAGCUCUUCUUGCUGUCUGUAAUCUCACUGCUCAGUGUUGUGAGAGUUUGUCAUCGGCUCUUCAAUCCUCAAACUGUGUCCUGAGAGAGCUGGAUCUGAGUAACAAUGACCUGCAGGACUCUGGUGUAAAGAUUAUUUCUGAUGGACUGAAGAAUCCAAACUGUCAGCUGCAGAUACUGAGGUUGUCUGGCUGUAUGGUGACAGAGGAAGGCUGUGGUUAUUUGUCUUCAGCUCUGAGUUCAAACCCCUCACACCUGAGAGAGCUGGAUCUGAGCUACAAUCACCCAGGAGAUUCAGGAGUUCAGCUGCUCAAACACAAACUGGAGGAUCCAAACUAUAAACUGCAGAUACUCAAUGUGGAUCAUGGAGGAGAGAUCAGGAUGACAGCUGGACUACGAAAGUAUGCCUGUGAUCUCACACUGGAUCCAAACACAGCACACACUCGACUCAUUCUGUCUGAUGAGAACAAGAAGAUCACACGAGUGUUUGAGCGUCAGCCGUAUCCUGAUCAUCCAGAGAGAUUUGAUGAGGAUCCUCAGGUUCUGUGUGUUGAGAGUCUGACUGGACGCUGUUACUGGGAGACUGAACUGAGAGAAGAUGGUGAAAUAUCAGUGUCAUAUAAAGGAAUCAACAGGAAAGGAUGGAGAGACUGUGAGUUUGGAUUCAAUGACAAAUCCUGGAGUUUGUGGUGCUAUAAUAACAGAUUCACUGUCUGGCACAAUAAUAAAAGCACUGUUAUACCUGCUGACCGUUCAUUCUCUAAUAGAGCAGGAGUGUAUGUGAUGAAUAGACGUGUAUGUAAUAGAGCAGGAGUGUAUGUGGACGUGUCGACCGGCUCUCUGUCCUUCUACAGUGUCUCUGACACACACACACACACACACACACACACACUCACACACUUACACACACUCACACACUUACACACACUCACCACCACAUUCACUGAACCCCUCUACGCUGGAUUCAGGGUUUAUCCUGGUUCUUCAGUGUCUCUGUGUGAUAUUAAACGAUAGAGAGACUCUCUGUAAAUCUUUCUAAUGUUCACAUGCGCACAAACUCAUCAAAUCUCACAUCAUUACAUUUGUAUUCAUUCAUAAUUAAAUAGUUUUUCAUUCUUAAUCUAGAAGUUAUAAAUCUAGAUCAGACUCAUACUGUUCUGAAUCUUAAACAGAUGAAUAAGUUUGCUUUAAUAUUUCUAUUGUAAACUGAUGAUCAAAUGUAAUAAAAGUGUAUUAGUGACUGAUUUAAUGA